GAUAACAACACAAAAUAAUGUUUCUUCCACAUUUAAUUUGAAUUUGCGUUUACCUAUUUGUCUUUGACUGUAAAGACAGUCAACUUACUGAGCACGAUGUCUCGUGCAGGGUCAGCAGCCAGCUUUGCCAGUCAAUCUCAGUACUCGGAGUCGACAGUGCUGAACCAAGACUUGGGCGAACCUGACCUCUUUGUGCCAGAGGACACACUUAAAAAUAGACCUUACCCAUCAAAGGCUGUAAGUUUCGGAGGAGUAGGCAUGGAAAAGUCUCGGACAAUAGAGGAGAUGACUGUUAAGCAUGUGAAUGGUGACCCUCGUAGUAAGGCCGAGAUGCUAAUGUCCCGGCUUGUUGAUCGCCCUGCAAACUCCCAGGUGCUGAGAAUGGUGAACAUACAGAGCAAGCGUGAGACUCGAGGGACUGGACACAUGGCCACAAUGAAAAAGAGCUCCAGUCAGCCAACCACUCCCUCACAAGACCAGUCUGUGCUGGCUCCACGCCCUCCAAGUGGAAAAGGGCAGCCGACCCUUGGCCCGAGUUUCCGCACAACCAUGUUUAAAAGAGACUACCAAAGACGUCAAAAUAUCAUCAAGGCAAAGCAGAAUAAAGAUGCAGAUGAUGCUCCAUUGUUAUCAGUUGAUAUGUUACAUAAGCCUCGUGUGGUUGAGCGUCCACAGACAGCAUCCUACACAACAGAGACCUCUACGGGCCAAGAAGAUGAUGUGUUUGCUGAGCUCGAGGGGCUCAUGGGGCCAGAUGUUGACGCAGAAUUUAAACCUGAGCUAGAGAGUAUAUCACCAAGCUCCAUAAAGGAUGAAAGUCCCUCGGGUGAGAAGCCAACAGAAACGUUCAGCAAGCCCCCUCCCUCCCCCACGCCUUCAACUACCCUACCAGUCUCACCCGAGAACAAACCCCCACCAGAAGAUGGCCGUCUAUCAUACGAUGACAUGAUACAGGAGACAGGAGAAAUCCCAAUUAUCGCCCAGAGAUCUAGGCCUGGUUCAGGGUCCUCAGCAGGCCAAAGGUCAAGGCCAGCCUCAGGGACAAGACCCAAGUCUGUUUCCACAAAGAAGGACACUUCGAAAGUUCUUUCUUAUAUGAAGAAGAAUAUGUAUGAUGAUUCAGACAAAUAUCUGUAUCUAGUACCGGAAAAUGACGAUGUGAUGCAUCAUGUGCACGCCCUGCGGGACCGGUUGGGCUGGAAGACAGAGAUACCGAGACAUGCUCCAGGCUGCAAGGGCAAUAUGGAGAAACUCAAGGACAUUCCUAAUAACGAAAAAGAAGCUAGCAAGAUGAAGCAAGAUGACGGUGAGUUUGUCUACUGUCUGCCACGGAAACGUGUUGAUGGGCGGGCUCGUUACGACCCGUAUGACCUCCAAGUGGUCUCCCCUAACGAAUCUCGCUCCCAGAAGGUUUACUGGACUGUCAGUGCUUCUUUCGUUACCAGGGUGGUACAGGACAGCACGGGCGUGGAGGGAGAGUCUCAUAACACCCCCAUUCUGUGGUGGCUCUGGGAACGACGCCUCUUCUACUCCAUCUUUGAACUCCCUGUCUUCAUCAAGUUCCGCAAGUGGAAGACCUUCAAGAUGUGGAAGAAGGCUAUCAGGCUGCAGAAGAGUAAUAAAAGCCAGGGGAUUUUGUACAAGAGCCUGUUCGUGGCUAACGAGGUGCUGCAGGGGUGCCUGAUCCACAUCCGGUCAUUGUGCGAGGCCGCAUCAGGGAGCCUGACAGGGGAGGGGUGGGGUGAGAGUGCCAUCAGCCUAAUAAAGCUGGACAAGUCUCUCACCCUCACGCUUGAAGAGUUUAUGGACGUCCAACGGGAGCAGAACCGUUUGGCCUGGGAGCAGCUCAAUGAUCUCCGUACCAAGAUCAUUGACAUCGCAUGGGAAUCAUGCGCUACUGUUGCUGAGAUGGAAGGUAUCACCCACGGUGUCCGCCCUGGCAGCCCGCGUAAGGUGAAAAUCAAGGUGCCAGUGGAGGAUGUGAAACCGGAGCUGAACACCAAGACUCUCCGCAUACAGGCAAAACACGGCAUUAAGCCGCUCGCUGAGAAGAAAAAAGAUGAGAAGAAAAGUGACAAGCCCACGUACGCCCAGAUUGCAGACUGGCGGAAGAUUUUGCAGCGCCUGGCCUCAUUCCUACGCUCCAUUGAUUACCUUGUGCUUGAGAUGUUACGACGACUGGUUAUUACGGCAACGAGACAACUCUUGGAGCACCUCGUCGCAUCGUACAACGUUACUGAGGAGGAAGAAGAGAAGCGUCAGCUUAUUCUUGAGUCUAGGAAGGAAUACGCGAAAGCAAAGAAAAUGGGAAAUGAUGAUUUGGAAUCAUUAGCCGACUCAGAAAGUUCCAUGACAACAGGAACUACAAUAAGGUCAAGGCCCCUGUCCAGAGCGAGUUCUGGGUCAUUUAGGGGGCCGCGCACCACACAGGCAGUCACUGCAUCAGGAUACGUUAUACCCAAGUUUGACUUUGAAAUGCACGAGAUCUAUGAGGGACCGCCAGAUGUUGAUGAGGUGCUGGAGGAAAUUCGACAGGCAGACGUCGUGGAGGAGUUCUCUGCCCCCGUAUUUAGCCUGCAGCUGGUGCUGUCUGUACCUCAUGCUGCACGCCCCACCCAAACCAACAACAACGCUGACUUCUUGAAGACAGCUGCCUCACAGUCGCCGUUACUGAAACACAAGCUCCUUGAUGGUCAUUCACACAAGAAGUCGGUCAAAUUUGAGCAGGAUCAGUCAGAAUACCACAUUCUAGAUGUAGAUUCCGUUGAUGGUGAAACUGACGCCAACUGUCACAGUGAGUCCGAGUACGAGAGUGAGUAUAGUGGAGGAGAGUCUGAGGGGGAGGGGACGUCACACUCGGAGGAUGAACAUGCCAGUGGGGAUGACCUUGCAUACCCUGAAGAGAAAAGACGUAUAACAGGGAAGACGAGUGUGAAUCUGUCACCCAACGAGUACGAGGUGAAGAUGGGCAUCAAGCACGUCAUCUCCAUGUUCGAGGCAACCAUCGCCAAGUUUGUAUCCAUGACACGGGAGCCACGUCUAGCGGUGUUCUGUAGUCCGCCCAUGUUUGACCUUAAGCUGAACUUUGAUGAGGAGGAGGAAGAGGAGAGGAAGGAGCUAGUGCCUCCCUGGCCCGACCUUGACUUCAUGUUCUCUGAUGACCGUGAAUAUCAGGGCCUCCUUGAGGAAAUCAACACAUACAUUAAGAUGGAGAUGGACCUCGUGAAGCAGCAUGCCACUAACUUUGACAACUUCUGUGUUAUGGUGGAGAAGUGUCUCCGUUUGAACAUUGAGGAGUCGAUGUCCCGUCGUCAGUGGUCCACAGACGAGUUUAGCACAGUGCUUGCAGCACACACAGAAAUGAUCCGGAGUAUGAAGCGUAUGAUACUGAUGCGGCGCAUCGCAAUGAUCCAGGUAUACAGCAAGAACUUCCGAGACUCAUGCCUGCCCUUCUCAGAGAAUCUCGUCAACAAAGUGAGCAAGGCCCUUCCUCUGAUUGCCAUCAAGAGGAACGAGGAUUUGCUCACAAUCAUCAAGGGAGCCUCCAAGAAGCUUGACCACUUCCCGCGAUCAGUCGAAGAGUUUGUGGAGCACUUAUCCUUCCUUGGCAAGAUGUCAUCAGAGUUGCCUGCCCUUGAGCGAGAGUUUGAGAUUGUGAAUAAGCUGUUUACGAUCGCCAAGAGUUAUAAUGUCCAGGUGACAGAUGAGGAGUUGGCCCUUUACCAGACACUGGGGCCGGACUUUAUCACCCUCAAGAACAUCAUCUUGUACUGUGAUGCGAAGAAGGAUGAGAAUAUCCGCAAGUUCAGCCACGACCUUGACACCCUCAUCUACAAGAUACGCAACAAACUCAUGGACCUGAAGAAUCAGGUUCGAGACCCGGACCUUCUGCACACUGACACAAACGCAGCAGGUGCGCUGGAGACGUUAAAGUUCUUACAAGAGGAGGUACAGACUCUCUCUGUGAAGGCACGUAGCUACGCCAGCUACCAGGAACGCUUCGGUAGCUCCCUCUCCCACUCCAAGAGCAGGCUUAUUGGAGAGGAGUACAUGUACAUGGGCACGACAAAACGUGAUGACGCGAGCGCUCAGGAGAUCCAGGCAGAGCUAUCAGAGGUGGAGCGAGACCUCACGUUGCGACGUCUACUCUGGCAGUCACAAGAAGAGUGGUCAAAACUGGUGGAAGAGUGGACCGCCACGUCUUUCGAUGCCUUGCCUGUUGAGACUCUUCAGAAAAACGUCAACAGAUACUCACAGACCAUUUUUAUGCUUGAGAAAGGCCUGCCCCACAACGAGGUUGUCCCACGCCUCAAGGAGAAAGUGAUGGACUUUAAGGUCGGAAUGCCGGUCAUCACAAGCCUGCGUAACCAGUUCUUGCGACCUCGACACUGGCAGCAGAUUGAGAGGCUCAUUGGCAAAACCAUCGGCAAGGACAAGUCAUUUACCCUCGGCAGUCUCCUGGAAAUGAAUAUUUUCAAGCACAAAGAGAAGAUACAGGACAUCUCCACCACGGCCAGCAACGAGGCAACUCUUGAAAAUAUGCUGCAAAAGAUAGUUGAUAUCUGGAAGAACACUGACUUCCGGUACCUCGCCCACCCUGGUAGGGACACGUUUAUUAUCUCCGGCGCUGACGACAUCAUGGUACAGUUAGAGGAGAGUCAGGUCACCAUAGGAACCAUCCGUGGCUCGCGAUAUGUCGGACCAAUCAAGGCAACUGUUGAGGAAUGGGAACGUAAACUGAACAUCUUCGCCAAGACCCUGGAGGAGUGGAUGGCUUGUCAACGGAACUGGCUUUACCUAGAACAGAUCUUCUCAACUCCCGAUAUACAGAAACAAUUGAAGCCCGAGUAUCAGAUGUUUACCCAAGUUGACAAAUCGUGGAAGGACAUAAUGCGACAGGUCCAGGAUCGACCCAACGCCAUGAAGUGUGCGACCCAGACGGGGAUGCUUGAGACCCUGCAGGCGUGUAAUACUUCGCUCGAGAAGAUACAGAAAUGUCUCGAGGAGUAUCUGGACUCCAAGCGUCUGUCAUUCCCGCGGUUCUACUUCCUGUCCAACGACGAACUGCUUGAAAUCCUAGGACAAUCCAAGGAGCCCAAUGCAGUACAGCCCCAUCUGGGAAAAUGCUUUGGCAACAUCAAGUCAUUGGACAUUAAGACCAUUCCGCGUCACCCACCUGCGGUGCACUCGAUGAUCUCUGCUGAGGGCGAGGUCGUACACAUGACACGCAGUGUGAGAGCGAAGGGGGCAGUGGAAAUGUGGCUCAGUAACGUCGAGGCACACAUGUUCGAAACUGUUAAGAGGCAUCUAAAGCUGGGUCUGGCUGACUGGCUUGGUAUCUCUCUACAGGAAUGGGUGCUCAAACAUCCAGGACAGGUGGUCCUGACCGUGGCCCAGAUAAUGUUCAACAAGGACAUAGUGCGUUGUUUCGAGAGCGGUGACCCACGAGCAUGCCUGGUUGAGACAUUUGAGCGUAUGGUGGCAUCAUUGGGUCAGCUUGCAGGGCUCGUGUCCUCCAACAUACUCCCCCACCAGACCAUGUGUAUCGAGGCACUGCUUACUAUAGAUGUACACAGCAGAGAUAUCAUCUCCACGCUGAUCAAUGAGAACGUCACGGAGAGAGAGGACUUUGAGUGGUCCAAACAAAUUCGCUACGAGUGGGACGAGACCACAAACAACUGCCUGGUGUACCAGAGUAACGCGUCAUUCCUGUAUGGCUACGAGUACCUGGGCUGCUCCUCCCGCCUUGUUAUCACGCCCUUGACUGACCGCUGCUAUCUCACGCUGACUGGUGCCCUGCAUCUUCACCUUGGGGGCUCACCGGCUGGACCUGCGGGUACCGGCAAGACUGAGACCGUCAAGGAUUUGGCUAAGGCUAUGGGCAAGCAGUGUGUGGUGUUUAACUGCUCAGAAGGCCUCGACUACAAGAUGUUGGGCAAGUUCUUCUCUGGUCUCUCACAGUCCGGAUCCUGGUGCUGCUUUGAUGAAUUCAACAGAAUUGACCUGGAGGUGUUGUCAGUGGUGGCCCAGCAGAUCCUCACAAUCAAGACGGCGAAGGAUGCAGGUGCCCUUAGAUUUCUGUUUGAGGGAAAAGAAAUCAAACUGAACCCGACAUGUGGAUACUUCAUCACCAUGAACCCCACGUAUGCUGGACGUGUAGAAUUACCAGACAACCUGAAGUCCCUGUUCCGUCCCGUGGCCAUGAUGGUGCCAGACUACUCCCAGAUCGCCGAGAUCAUGCUCUUCUCAGAGGGAUUCCAGGAUGCAAAGUCCCUGUCAGGGAAGAUCGUGAACCUGUACCAGCUAGCCAGUCGACAGCUGUCCCAGCAGGACCACUACGACUUCGGCAUGCGGGCCAUCAAGUCUGUCCUCGUAAUGGCCGGACAUGGCAGGCUCCACGCACAGCAAAAGAACUGGAGUCAUCAACAGAAAGUAGCGGACAGGAUGAACGUGACGCUGACAGAAAAAGAAGAGGCAUAUAUCCUCAUUCAUUCACUGCGGGACGCCAAUCUCCCCAAAUUCCUUGCCGAGGAUGUGCCGCUAUUUGAUAACAUCCUGGCUGAUCUGUUCCCAGGAAUUACUCCCCCUGAGCCUGACCAUGGCAUAUUGGAGAAAGCCAUCUCGAUGUCUACCCGUGAUCAAGGCCUGCAGGUGUGGCCCCAUCAGGUGGAGAAAGUUAAGCAGCUCUACAACCAGAUCCUUGUGCGGCACGGGGUCAUGUUGGUCGGCCCCACCGGUGGGGGAAAAACCACUGUCAGGUCCAUCCUGCAGAAAGCUCUAGUGUUGUUGCCCACUAUACAGCCCCAGGAGGACACACAGGACACACAAGAUGGGAAGAAAGCUAUCACCUAUGUGCACAACCGAGCUAAGAAGGGCCACUGUGAUGUUUUCACUGUAAAUCCCAAAUGUGUUAAGCUGGGAGAGCUAUAUGGUGAGACUGACCCCAACACUUUUGACUGGACGGACGGUCUUAUUGCCAUGGCGGUACGCAGGUUCACAAAGGAGCUGACCAAGAUGGACCUUCCCGGAGAUGGGAGACCAGGCACUGGCAUGUCUGAUAUCACCCCGCGGGAUAAGAGUAAGCGCAAGGUCGUACAGACUGUGCGUGUGUGGAAUCCAGCAACGGGGGUAACGAGUGAUGUGACGACGGAUGUUGAUGGGAACCCGGAUCGUGAACAUGGUAGCGGGGUGCUGACCGACUGGCGAUGGCUGAUACUAGACGGGCCUGUAGACACACUGUGGGUGGAGAACCUUAAUACUGUACUGGACGACUCAAAGGUCCUGUGUCUGCCAAGUGGAGAGCGUAUCAGCCUGGCACCGGGUAUGAGGCUUAUCUUCGAGGUGGAUAAUCUUUCCCAAGCCAGCCCGGCCACUGUCAGCAGGUGUGCCAUGGUCUACAUGGACCCAGUGGACCUUGGCUGGAGGCCCUUUGUGAAGACAUGGAUCCAGAGGCUACCGAGAGAAAUGCCCGACUCUGGGAAACGCCACCUACAGGCAUUGUUUGACUACAGCCUUGACAAGGGCCUGCGCUUCUUCCACAAGUACCACAAGUUCCAGUGUGUUCCAGCCCCUGAGAUGAGCCUUGUAUCAUGUCUGUGUCACAUACUGACUGCAUUCUUUGACUUUAUGGGCAAGAAUGGCGGAUUUGGAAGUCCAGAUAAAGUGAACAAAGAAGACAAGGAGGAGAGUCACACAGAUGUCUCUGACCAGCGUAAUGACAGUCGAACCUCAAGUCGAAAUUCUGGACGCACUUCACGCUCUAAGGGACGUCGUCGCGUUGGGAAACGAACCUCAAAGAAAAAAGAUGAGAUGGAUCCUAUACAGGAGACAUCAGCACAGGCUGUGGCCAAAACUGCCAGGAGUAGUAAACGAUCAAUAAAAAGUUCCACAAGUGAGGAGACCAUUUAUGUGGAAAUGAAAAAGAUGGAGAGUGUUGCUGGGGUCAAGCAGUUCUACCUUCUGAAGAACCCAGGCCAGCUCCUGAACAUUCUUGGCAAGCUGUACGUGUUCGCGUACACUUGGAGCGUUGGUGGCAAUUUCCGCCGACAGGAGGACUUGGACGAGGAUGAUAUGGGGAGCCGACGGGGCCAGGAGCGUAAGGAGACUGAAGUCAACAUCUGUAACGAGUUUGACAACUUCAUGCGCGAAAUAUUUGAGGUGGAACCUCCACUAGGUGUACGUCUACCAACAGGGAACCGGACAAUUUACAGCUACUUCAUUGACAUGGAGUCAGGCAAUUUUGUACCCUGGGACGCCCUUGUUCCUUCCACAAAAUCUCUCAUUGAGAAAGGGGCCAUCAUCACCAUUGGUGAGACAAUGGGUGUGUCUAUGGACCAGAAGAAAGCUGGCAGUGAGGAACAGGACAUUGUGCCAACAGUGGAUGUUAUACGCUUUUCCUUCCUGUCCAGUCUGCUGCUUCUCAACAAACAUCCUGUACUCAUCACAGGAGAGUCAGGUGUGGGUAAAUCAGCUGUGAUCAACUACACCAUGAAGAAGCUGAGUAAGGAAGGAGGCACCACCAUGAACAGUGGAACAAUCCUGGGAUCUAUUUUUAACUACUCUGACAAAGGGACAUCACUCUUGGAGAACAUCAGCAGCCUGACAAAAUGGGGACAGGAGGAGGAAGACAAGGUGGGUAUGGACAUUUUACUUGGAUCCAAGCCCAGGACACAGACUGGAGUGAUUAGCUCGAUGAUCCAGUUUUCUGCACAGACGACCUCUGCCAGACUGCAGGCUCAAAUCAAACACAACCUGAUACAGAAGGGCAGGAACACCCUGGGGGCUCCAAAAGGGAGAAAGGUGCUAUUGUUUGUGGAUGACCUGAACAUGCCUGCCCCAGAGCAGUUUGGAGCCCAGCCGCCUCUUGAACUUCUCCGACAGUUCCUAGAGCUCAGUGGCUUUUACCAUACUGAGAAAAAUGCUUGGAAGGACAUCAUGGAUGUGACAGUUGUAGCUGCCUGCGGUCCCCCAGGGGGAGGCAGAAACCCUGUCAGCCCUAGACUCCUCAAAAACUUCUGCAUGUUGGCAUUCCCCCAGCCAUCAACCCGCUCCCUACAGCACAUCUACCAGGUUCAGCUUGGCCGAUUCCUACAGGAUGGAGAUUUUUCCUCCGAAGUUACUGAGUGCUUGUCUCCGCUUGUGAAUGUUUCCAUCUCGCUGUACUACUGUAUGUGUUGCAACAUGCUCCCCACACCAGCCAAGUCACACUAUACAUUCAACAUCAGGGAUCUGUCAAAGGUAAUCCAAGGAAUGCUGCAGGCUCAUAACUCUGUGGUUGUCAGUCGGGACAGCGCGGCUCAGUUGUUUGCCCAUGAGGCGACCCGAGUGUUCCACGACCGGCUCAUUUCGAGCGAGGAUCGAAAUCUCUUCUACCAGUUCCUGUCGGAUAACCUCCAUGACUACUUCAAGGUUAAAUGGUCAGCCGAACAACUACAGGAGGAGCAUAUGAUAUUUGGGGAUUUCUUCGACCUUGAUGACACGUCACAUGGGCGUGUGUAUCGACCAAUCACAGACCAGAACAAGAUAAGACAGACACUGGAGGAGUUCUACAUGCGCAUGAACUUUGGCAACACCAAGAAAGUCGAAUAUGAAAAUACUGAAGGGGCGUCACAAAUGGUGUUCUUCCGAGAUGCGGUGGACCACAUUUGCCGUGCGGCCAGAAUCUUCAGUCAGCCUGGCGGACACAUGCUUCUGGUCGGUCUGGAUGGUUGCGGGAAGUCCACAGUUGCCCACCUGGCGAGCUUCAUAGCAGGCUGUGAGCUCUUCAAACUCACCCUACAGCGGGGCUACGGAAUGCUAGAAUUUAGAGACGACCUGAAGAAAGUGUUCCUCCAAGCCGGGGUCAAGGGGGAGAAGAUUGUCUUCCUACUAACGGAUGCUGACAUUGUCAAGGAGAGUUUUCUGGAGGACAUCAACUGUAUUCUGAACUCUGGUGAAGUCCCUGAUCUGUUUGAUCAUGAGGAAAUAGACGGUAUUGCAAUGGAUCUGAAACAAGCCGCGAACCAGGCGGACAUUCCUGACACACGCCAGGGCGUGUACAACUUCUUCAUCACUCGAGUGCGGCAGAAUCUUCAUGUCGUAUUGGCACUAAGUCCAGCAGGAGGGAGGUUCCGACAAAGGUGCCGGAUGAAUCCUGCGCUCAUCAACUGUUGUACGAUCGACUGGUACGACGAGUGGGAUGAUGAGGCCAUGUUGUCCGUGGCCGAGGUCUUCUUUGAGAAUACAGAGUUUAUUGCCGACAAGGAUAUUGAUAUACAGGAACUGAAGAAGAAGGUGGCAUCCAUGUGUGUGGACAUCCACAAGGCUAUUGGGCGUAUGGCUGUUACAUACUGGGAGGAGAUGAGACGACACUACUACUCCACCCCAUCUAGUUACAUGGAACUUAUACGUCUUUACUCCAAACUGCUGCGGGAGAAUAAAAAUGAAUUUAUGGAAAACAAGAAUCGUCUGUUGGUGGGCCUAUUCAAACUAUCUGAGGCAAACUCCCUCGUAGGGACCAUGCAGCAGGAGCUUGAGGGACUGGGACCCGCCAUCCUGCAGAAACAAAAGGAUACUGAGGUGCUGCUCGUACAGCUGGAGAAGGACCGUGAGGCCGUGCAUGAGGUACAGAGCAUCGUGGAGCAUGAGGAGACCAUUAUGAAGAAGGAGACUCAGAUCGUGCAGGACUAUGCUGAUGAGUGCCAGCAAGACUUGGCCUCAGUGCUACCAGCUCUAAAGAAAGCCAUCGAAUCCUUAGAGACACUUGACAAAGCCUCCAUCUCAGAGAUUCGCGUCUACACCUCACCCCCAUAUCUUGUGGCCACCGUGCUGAACGCAGUGUGUGUGCUGUUCCAGAAGAAACCGGACUGGCCCACUGCUAAGAUGAUGCUUGGAGAUGCUAACUUUCUGAAAAAGCUGCUGCAGUUUGAUAAGAAUAGCCUGCCAGAUAAGGCAUUCCACAAGUUGCGUAAAUACACAAAGAACCCAGACUUCAACCCAGAGGCUGUUGGACGGGUAUCUGUGGCCUGUAAGUCCAUCUGUGAGUGGGUCCUCGCCCUAGAGAACUACAAUGAUGUACACAAGAUGGUUAAGCCAAAGCAGCGUCGUGUAGAGGAAGCUAAAGAGGCCCUUAAGCUGGCCCAGAAUUCCCUUGCCCAGAAACAAGCCAGUCUCGGAAAGAUCCAGGAGCAUCUUAACACAUUGACAGAAAAAUACGAGGAGAGCGUUAACCAGCGUGAAUCUCUCAAGGAACACCAGAGGACCACACAGCUACGCCUCAAGAGGGCCAGUAUUCUCAUAGCGGCCCUCGCUAAUGAAAAGGUGCGUUGGGCAGAAAGCGUGAAUGAGCUGGAUUUUAAGCUAAAAGGACUUGUAGGGGACACUCUGAUUACUGCCGCUAGCGUGUGUUACAUCGGCCCCUUCACAGCAAAAUACCGAAAGAAGCUUAUACAUCAAUGGCUGGACAGCUGUCGGGACGCAUACAUUCCCAUCAGCAAGGAUUAUGACCUCAUAAAGAAUACAGUCCAAGCACAUCAGGUGCUGGUGUGGCAGAAUGAGGGCCUGCCCCUAGACACCCACUCCACUGCCAAUGCCAUUAUGGUGAAAAAAGGCAACAAAUGGCCCCUACUCAUUGACCCCCAGGGUCAAGCAGCAAGCUGGAUUCAACAAAUGGAAGGGUCAAAGUUGAAGGUGGUGACUGCAAGUGAUCCCAACUUCAUGCGAACCCUAGAAUCAUCCAUCCGUGUCGGAGAGGCCAUGCUUUUAAAGGAUGUAUCCGAGACCCUUGACCCAGCCCUGCGGCCUGUGUUGAUGCAUGAGACAUUCAGACGAGGCGGGCUGCUUGUCAUCAAACUGGGAGACACAGAGAUAGAGUACAACCAAAACUUCAGACUGUACAUGACAACGACGAUGUCAAACCCCCACUUCCUGCCAGCGGUGUACAUCCAGGCGAACAUCAUCAACUUCACCGUCACCUUUGAGGGCCUACAGGAACAACUUCUCUCAGCAGUUGUUAAACAGGAGCGCCCCCAGCUGGAGAACCAGAGGUCAGAGUUACUGGAGAGUAUCACCAAUGACAUGCAGUUUCUACGCGAUCUGGAGGACAAGUCCCUCAGCCUCCUGCAGAAGUCAGAAGGUCAUAUUCUUGAUGACCAGGACUUGGUUGAAACUCUUCAACAGAGCAAGGGAAUGGCGGGAGAGAUAUACGACCGUAUACGCCAGUCCGAGGAAACCGAGAAACGUCUCAACCUGGCCCGACAGAGAUACUUGCCCGUUGCAACACGCGGCUCCACCCUGUAUUUCGUAUUAGCGGAUCUGUCUGGUAUCGACGUGAUGUACCAGUUUUCCCUAGACUGGUUCCAGGACAUGUUUACUGCAGCCAUAUCAGGACUCAUGUCUGUUAAGGAGCAGGCGCGUCGGCGUUCCUCAGUGAUUCACGUGGGCACACCUCGGAGAUCCUCCACAGUCCGUGGUCCAGAGGGAGUCCGGAGACCCAGUUUGGAUAAGGAAGCUCCCCACAAAGGCCUUGAUCGUCGCCCGAGUGUACAGAGACACGCGUCAGUGGUCAAGGUAGAAGAAUCGAAGGCCCCGGAAACCCCGAUUGAUCUCAAGAAACACAUGCUUGAAAUGAUCAACAGGCUGACAUUCAGCAUCUACCGUGUGGUAUCAGUGGCGCUGUUUUCUUGCCACCAGCUCACAUUCAGCACCAUGUUAGCCACAAGCAUCAUGCGUGCGAACGAUCGGUUUGAAGAUAUCUCUGGGGUCGGAACAAUCCCAACACUUGAGUGGCAGACAUUCCUGCAGGGGAACAUUCUCGCUAACAUGAUGGAUGAAAAAAUGAGGAAUGAACAUGAUGGCUUAAGCCCUAUGGAAAGACUUGAAUCUGAGGCCCAAAGUGGUGACCCUAGUUCCAAGAAGCACAAGCGCCCCCCGCGCUGGGUGUCCGAGUCCAUGUGGCUUCAAUGUCAGUACCUCGACGCCCAUAUGCCAGCGUUUGACAAGCUUUGUCGCAGCGUGAUGAGUAACCAGUCACAGUGGCACACUUUUGAGUCCGCUGACAGCCCCUAUGACCUGAUGAGCAGACCUUUCAUACCGGCAGAACAUGGUGCUGAAAGUUCCGAACAUGGCAUCACAAUGCCAUGGGAACAGCUGACGUUAUUCCAGCGCCUCAUUCUCAUCAAGGUUCUGCGGCCCGAUGAGUUGACAGCUUCAUGCAGCCAGUUUGUGCGUGACACCAUCGGCUCCAAAUACCUUUCCUCCGGCUCGUUUGAUCUGAAGGAGAUCUACGAGGAAUCCACGGCCAAGACUCCCCUGAUAUUUAUACUCUCACCUAGUUGUGACCCAGGGUCCCAGCUGCUUAGGUUUGCCAAGGACCUGAGGGGCAGUGCUCUACACCUGGACAUGAUUUCCUUGGGGCGGGGCCAGGGACCCAAGGCCGAGGAGCUGAUUGCUAAGGCACAGAUCCUCAAGGGACGCUGGGUGUUCCUUCAGAACUGCCAUCUGGCAGCAUCCUGGAUGCCACGUCUUCAAGCACUUGUGGAAAAGAUUCAACUGGCGGAUGAUGAGGGAGGUUUCAACCGACCAAACAAUGAUGAGAUCGACCCUCAGUUCCGACUAUGGCUCAGCUCCAAGCCGGAUUCCAGCUUCCCAAUCUCCAUCCUCCAGACUGGAUUGAAGAUGACGGUUGAGCCACCACAAGGCCUGAAGUCCAACAUGUUGCGAUCGUUCGGUAGCGGGGGAACGGGCAUCAUCUCAGAACGGAACUUCGAGGAUGUCAGCAAAGGCUCGGCUUGGAAGAAACUACUGUUUGGUCUGUGUCUCUUCAAUAGUGUUAUACAUGAGAGGAAGAAAUAUGGUGCCCUCGGGUGGAACAUCGCCUACGAGUUCAAUGACUCUGACCUAGAGGUAUCAAUCCUACAGCUGGAGAUGUUACUGGGAGAACACAAGACCCUGCCGUGGGAGGCCCUCAGCUACCUGAUAGGAGGGGUCACGUACGGGGGUCGGGUAACUGAUGAGUGGGACUACCGAUGUCUCCACGCCCUUCUAGGGAGGUUCUUCUGCCCCGAGUCACUUCUACCUGAAUACACAUACUCACCAAAUAAGAUAUACCAGCCGGUACAGGAUCACAUGACGUUCAGUGAUGUAGUCUCGUAUGUGGAGUCCCUGCCAAACUACAACUCGCCGGACAUAUUCGGGAUGACAGACAAUGCAGAGAAAGCGUGUCGUGAGCUACAGGCCCACGACCUUAUGAACACGAUCAUCAGCAUCCAGCCAAGACUUUCCAAUGGGCUUAUUGGUGCGGAGAAAAGUAGUGAUGAGCUGGUUGCUGAAUUGGCAGGAGAGAUUACCCACCAGUUACCAGAGACCGUGGAGGAGAUAGCAGAGGGUGAUGUGCGCGCAAGCUCUCAGUCCUCUCCGAUGUACCAGAUACACGUGAAACACAUCCUCACGCGAGACCUUCCCGACUUCAAGGACAAGGAGAAGAAUAAUUUGCUAGCCUCAGCAGUAGAUGCGGUGAUGGGUAACUCGGCUCUGGUGACUGUGUUACGGCAGGAAAUAGACCGCUUCAACAAUCUACUCCAUGGCAUACACUCCAGCAUGCGUUCCCUUAUACUCGCUAUCAAGGGAGAAAUUAUCAUGUCCGAACCAUUGGAAGACGCGUACAAUGCCCUCUUGGCUCAAAAAGUUCCCCAGAAAUGGAAGUCCAUGUCCUAUGAAUCAUGCAAACCGCUAGGUUCCUGGGUGCAAGACCUGUACAUGAGGGUGGAGUUUUUCGCUCAGUGGGCAGAGCUGAUGCUGAACAGCGUGGAAAAACUGAUGAAACCUGUUCUCGGGGCAAAGGGUGCGGGCACAGACCUCGACCUGGUCCACAUUCCUCGCAGUCUCCCACAUGGCUACUGGCUGUCUGGGUUCUUCUUUCCACAGGGUUUCCUGACGGGUGUACUUCAGAACCAUGCUCGUAAGCUGGGUAUCUCAGUGGAUUCCCUCCAGUUCCAGUUCAGGGUCUCCAAGAAAGCUCUGGAUAACACUGAGUCACUCUCCGACCUCAAACAGGCUUUCAAUAUCAAAGACACUGCAUUUAAGGGUAACACCCCUCCAGAAGAUGGUGUACUGAUAUUCGGCCUGUACAUUGACGGGGCCCGCUGGGAUACAGAUGCAGACAGUCUCGAGGAUUCCCUCCCUGGCCAACGCUUCUCUCGCCUGCCUGAGAUACACUUUAAACCUGUACAGAAGCAAGUGAGCCGCACAGGGGGCAGUAGUCAGUCCACAGCCCCUAGCAUGGAUACCCCUGUUGACCCUACCACACCUAGUGAACCUACGACCCAGAGUCAGCCCCUGCACAUGUACGAGUGCCCCCUGUACAGGACAUCAGAGCGUGCAGGAACCCUCUCCUCCACUGGCCAUUCCACAAACUUUGUGACCGCUGUUAAUCUGCCAUCCCAGUGCGAGCCGAACUUCUGGGUGAUGAGGGGUGUGGCUCUUCUCUGUCAGCCUGAUGAGUACUUGUAGAGGAACACCGCGGGCAGAAAGUGUAAUAAAAUGAAGAAAGAAUUAGGGCCUUUAUUACCAUGCAUCGGAAGGAAUAGCAUUUAUGAACAUAUUCAGUGCUGUUUUGAUAUACGAUGUCAUACAGAUAUGACUUCCCACUAAAAUGAACAGUGGUAUAUUGACGGUGCCUUUUUUGUAAGAAUACAACAUGAAUAUGGGAUACUAAAUCUUCGGAACAGAGAGUGGCAUAGGUUACACAGGACUUCGACAUAUGGUUUCUUUGUUAUGGAGUAUCAUACUAUGUGCUAUGACUUACACACAUUACUGUGUUUUAUAUGUAGUAUUACUAAUUUACAUUGUAUAUUUAAAAUGAGUGGGCUAUUAUGUCAAAAGUAAUUACCAGUAUGCUUCAAGUUGCAUAAACUUGUGGUUAUUGUUGACAUUUUAAUAGUAUUGUUGUAAGAAGUAUUUAGCCUCUGUGAUACAUGUCUAUUUAUAUAGAAAAAAAUAUUUGUUGGAACAUAUUAUUAUGUUAUUGUUAAUUUGAUAUUUGAUUAAAUGUCAGAUUGUGUAUGUCUCUAUGCAAUGAAAUAAAAUGUUAUUUUUCUGUGUGUUUAUAUAUCUGACAAAAAUUUGUUCGUUUAGGCUAAAUUUACAUUAUGAUGUGUAUUGCUCUUGAAUGUUCACUAUUUAUGCUGUGGGUGUUACUUUUAGUUGUAGAAUUAUAAUAAAGAAGAUCAGUUACCUGAGUAUUUGUAUAUCUGAAAUUUGUAUGGUUAAAAAUAACAGUUCAAGAAUUAUAUUUAUGAAUUUAAAUUGUUUAAAGUACAUUUAUUCGACAGUCUUUUCACUUCUGUGUUUUGUUGUUAUUUAUUAAAGCUUGUUAAUUAUAAAUUUAUCUCACUUAUUUUAAAAUACAAUUGAAAAUGUGCAUAUAUACAUGUAUAUGUAGGAAGCUGGAAAUAAAGUUUUCAGAUAUAUGCAAUUAAAUGGAUGUACCUGUUCUAUAUUUACAACUUGUGAUACUGCUGAUAUCAUUUCGAUUCCGUCCUGUACUGUUUUAUGUCACUGUGAAUAUAUCAUUAAUGGACACAUUCCUUUUAACAUGAAUUAUAUUGUGCAUGUAUACAAGGCUUGUAUUCAUUAUAUAUUUAUAUUCUUAUGUUCUGCUGUGAUGUUAUACUGUUGAUGAACUUUAAUAUUUGCAUUGAUUAGCUAUUGCUAAACUGCUGUUGUAAUUCACAAGAUGUUUAAUUUGUUUAUUAAAAGUGUUGCUGUAA